AUGAGAAAUCAUGAAAGUCGACCUCCUGGUACUGCUCCAUUCCCUAAAGUGAAUGCUGCAUAUUUUUAUCAAACCAGGCGUGAAAGAAGCCCUGGCCCCAGUCAUGGUCAUGGUCUAUAUUUUAAUCAGAUUGAUCGUCUUACAUUAAAUAUUGACCCUCAACACCAGCAGUGUAAAAAGAAGGGUAAAGCUCCUGAAGCAGUACCAAGGACGAACUUUGAAAGUAAAUAUUAUCGAUGUAGAGGAAAGGGGCACUGGUCACGUGUCUGUCGUACGCCAAAGCAUAUGGUGAAGCUCUAUCAGGCGUCCCUUAAGAAAACAGAUAAUGAAGUUGACGCAAACUUUAUCUCUGAAAAUAAUGUUAAGCCCAUGAAUUUAGAUGCCUCAGAUUUCUUUACAAUCCCCGAAGGAUAUGGUAAUCAUUCUGUCGAUGAUGAAUAUGAAAUAGUUUGA